AUGUGCGAUCCUUUCAACAUGGAGCUGGGUCCACUCACCAGGCUGCUGCAGGGGAAGAGGGUGGGUGCUGGGCGAGCAGCUCCCCCAGGAGGGACUGCAGUUCGGGAAGGACUACCCUCCCACUUCCAGGAGUCCCUGGAGAAGGUGAGAUUUCCGGCUCCGCCCGAAUAUGCCCUGGAGACAGCAAAGCUGAAGGCUCUGGAGGUGGCUUCGCGGCUGUGCAGGGACCUGCACCCUCCUGAUGUCAUUAUUGGAGCUGACACCAUCAUGGCCGUGGAUGGCGUCAUCCUGGAGAAGCCAAAGGACAAGGAUGAUGCCUACAGGAUGCUGCGCAGGCUGUGUGGCCAGCAGCACAGUGUCAUCACUGGUGUGGCCAUCUUGAGGCCACUGUGGCGGAGGCAGCUUCAGGAGCCAAGUUCCACAUGCCCAGAGGCCCCAGAGGCGGAAGUGGACCCAGAAGCAGAAGUGGAAUUGUCACUGUUCCACAAAGAGACCCGUGUGACAUUCUCGUGGCUAUCGGAGCCACUGCUGUGCGAAUAUGUGGAGAGCGGGGAUCCUCUGGACAAGGCUGGCGCCUAUGGGCUUCAGGCGCGAGGUGGUGCCCUAGCAGAGCGCAUGGAAGGGGAUUUCUUCAAUGCUGUGGGGUUUCCACUCAACUGCUGCAUGGGUGAGCUGGCUGCCAUCUUCCUG